AUGGACAAACGAUAUCGUUUUCGUUGGAUCAAAGCUAUCGAGCUAAUUGACCUACCCCCGGAGUGGGAUAAACGAUCGUAUCAUCUCAAGAUUUUUGCCGGAGAGGACUACAAAAAGACAAAGACGUUCAAGGUGAAAAAGAAAGAGUGUGGGACAACCCCGACACCCAAAUGGACGAUCAAUUUUGAUCUGAGCCAUAUUAGUGAAUCUGAGAGAUUUACGGUAGAUGUAUACUGCCGUCGGGGCAAGGGGUCUCAAUGCCUCGGCAUGUGUGGAACGUCGAUCCGGGAUAUUUUGAUCGGUGAAACCGACAUUAUUGUCCUGUCCAUUAGUAGCAAUUCUUCCUGUCCCAACAUCUCUUUGAAGAUCUUCCGGGAAGGUGCCACCGACUAUUCUUCGAUCGCGGGAUCGGCAGGUGAAGACCAAGACGCCGACAUGUCGACCACAACCCAAAGUGGAUUUCCCGGAAGUCAGCAAACCUCAGAUUUGUCGGGUUCACAACUCGUGGCAACCUCUGCAAAGUCGGUGGAAGAGUAUUGGGCAACUGCAGGAAAAGUCGUCGAGGAAACUGCAAAGCCUAUAGAGCCCUCUGAGUGGAUUUCCGAAUUGAUCGAUGGUGUGGAUACUGUGAAGAGCGUGAUUGAUGCAUUCAAAGAUCUACAUCCUGCUGCUUCAAUAGCAUGGGGCAUCAUUACCUCUUCUAUUAAUGUCUUGAAACAACAGACAGAACGAGAUAAAACCAUGCUUCAACUGUACGAAGCUAUGCUCACGACUUAUAAGGAAGCCAGUGACGAUCGCUUGCUGUGGAAGCGAAAACAUUUGGAACCCAUUUAUAAAUCACUGUUCCGGACCACGAAUGAGUGCGGGAUGCUCAUCAAGAGAUAUACGAACAAGAACCGCAUCAAACGCUUCUUUUCCAUGGACAUGUCACAGAAAGCAGAAGAAUUCAUUCAAGGGUUUGCAAAAUUGCGGGAGCAGUUGGAUUCGGGUGUAGCGAAGGACGCACUUGUCGUGAUGCUAGGUGUCGGAGUCCGUGUUGAUAAAUUCGAUAUACGGAUGUCGCUUCAGGAACUGAAACCUGGAAGGGUGCUUGGUCCCAAAUCGACGUGUAUGGGUGGUACACGCAUGCAAACGAUCAAUUCCUUCUUUUCGUGGAUUGCGGAAUGCGACAAUGGCGUCCUUUGGCGUAGUGGGCUAGCGGGGACGGGGAAAAGCUCGGUUGUCGGCACUCUCCAUGACCUUCUCUGCUUUCACAUGAGUGGUCGCAGUCGCCUUGCUGCUUUCAUUCGUUACGACAGGUCCGAAUAUCGGGAUUCGUCAGAACUCAUCACGUCCAUUGCCUACUCCUUGGGCAUGUUCGAUCAGCGCAUAGGUGAAGCCAUCGCUAACGCUGUGAGCGUAUCUCGUGCUGCACUUCGGAUGACGGCUUCCGAAUCACGUACUCAGUUUCGACUCCUCUUGCAGGAACCAUUGGAGACGAUUCGGGAUUUACAAGAUGAAGGGCCUUUGGUUGUCAUCAUCGACGCUCUUGAUGAAAGUGAUGCGUCGGAAGAGUUGCUGAAAGUGCUUGCGGAUGGGUUUGGGCCGACACUGCCAUUCAUGCGGCUCAUUGUUUCCAGUCGACCCGAAGAAAGGAUUUCUUGUGUUUUCAAGAACUGCCAGCACGUCCAUCACCGUCCUUUGGAUACAUCUUCAGAUGAGGUGAAACACGACAUACGGCACUUCAUCCGACAGAGGUUUGCCAGCAUCAAAAACAAACGUGUCUGGGGCAUGUACAAUGAGCAAUUUGUUGUCACUCAACUGGCUGAGCGGGCGAGUGGGCUGUUCAUAUGGGCGACCACAGUCUGUUCGUUCUUGUGCGAUUUUCCCAGUCUCCAGAGGCUCAAGGCAGUCCUUGAAACUACAAUUCCAGCAGAUGCAAUGGAGGCUCUGACAAUACUAUAUCGAACCGCGCUGGAUACUAUCGUCUCGGAAGUAUAUGGAACGAAGGAAGAUGUUCGACAAUGCAUUCUUGCUGUGUUGGGUGCCCUGAUUGUUCGUAAAGGCGACAUGACAGUGCCUAUUCUUGAGCUUGUUCUGCAAGAAGGCGACCCUUCAGCGCAGCUCAUCACCGACAAAUUAGGAAGUGUAGUAACACAAGAGAGAUCUGGGAACCUGGUGCUUAUACACAAAUCUUUCGAUGAUUUUCUCCGGGACCAUGGCAGAUGUGGGGAUCGAUGGUUUAUCGAUGUCAAGGAGCGUGAAAAAGAGCUUGCUCGGCAAUGUAUGCUGUCCUUGGCGAAGUUCGCGGAAAAUUGGACACCACCAGCCAAUGCUCAGGCCAUCGAAGAUCAGGUUCAGCCUACUCGUUCCUCUGGAAACUCCCGCAAUCCGAGGGAGAACGUGGCUCUAUACCAUGUGGUACCAUCCCACAUCAGAGACUAUGCUCUGAAUGUUCUAGAAUGGCAUAUUGAUGCCUUGCUUGAGCUUGAGAUGAACGCUUACCAUCGCUUCUUUGAGCAUUAUUUCCUGUCCUCACUCAAAAUCUCUUAUGCAUGCUCAAGCAAUCGGUCUAAGGAUCUCGAUCUCAUUUACAAGGCACUACUAAAGGUAAUUUCCAGGGUCAAUGCUGAAGUUACAGACCAAAGUGUUCGCACAUAUGUCUAUCAUGCCUUCACAUUCUGGGAGCGUACCUACAACUUCGUGAAAAGGGAAGGUCGAAUCGACGACCCUGAAAAGUUGGUGUACAACACUGCGAUGUUCUUAUCGCCUUCCACAAACUUCAUUUGCAGAGAUUGGGGGAGGAGCGGCAGGGUUCAUUCCCUUUUUGAUAAGGAGCGUCUGGUAGCUCUUAUACCUUGGAGCACAUCAGAGCCUGAGUGCAUGUUACAGUCCCGGCGCACGAAUUUAUCCAUAUUCCCAGACCCUCGGUAUAUUCAAUUUGAGCGCUUACACCAUCGCCGGUUCGCUAAUCUCUUAUUACCCACCGACCCCCAUUUCGAAUCCAGUGGACCUGUUCUGGUCAACUCCCUAGGAUAUGUGCGGUUUGAUCUUGAUACAGGACGGAUAGCAGAAAAAACACCUCCAUCAAUACUUCAGCAUUUCUACCAAGUGCCAUUGCCAGCCUCCUGCUCCACCAAAAUUUCCUACCAAGCAAUUGAUCCUAGCGUUCAGAUCGUUAGGUUCGUGUUUUUGAAAAAACAUAAGAAUGUAGGGUUUCAGUCCCCUCAUAGUUCACGAUGUGAAGUCGUUGAUGGUCGAAGCAACGGUCCUCAUGAUUUGGUAGAUGGCGAUGUGUUGAUCUCCAUCCUCAAUACUCGGACCUCUCACUGCGAGAAUUAUCUGUUUUUUGGGUGGAACGGUCACGUUGUAGUCCAAUAUGCACACGGAGUAUGCUUCGUUAAUGCGGGUUCGGGAACUAUACAAAAAGUCGAGCCUGGCACUCAGGCUGGUUCCAAGGAAUGGAUGAGGCUCGAUGGUUGGACAGAUAACGACCCUACAUAUCCUGUCGAUAAUGUUUUCACUGUCACAGAAGACGGAUCUAGGUUACUAGGAUUGGCCGUCAAUUUGAGGGACGGCACAACACACCAGCUCUUACUACAAGAGUGGGAAACGUCAACCGGUACUCUACUCUCUACAUAUGGCAGGUUCCAGUCUUUGUCAUGA